CUGCUAUCUCCGAAUUGACCUCGAGUGCACGGUAAUACCUCUUCAGCUUGCUACAAUGGAUCCAUUCUCAGCAGAAGGCGAGCUGAUCAACAUCCACAAUGCCUUCCACCAAGGCCAAUACCCCGCCGUGAUCGAGUUCGACACCUCCGCGCUCUCCCCAGAGAACCAGCUCCCCGCCGGCAUUCUCCAGCUCCGCGCCCAGAUCGCGCUGGGCCAGUCGGACGCCGUUCUAGCCGAUGUCGCCGGCGGCGCGGACGACACCCCGGACCUGGCCGCCGUGAAGGCCCUGGCGCAGCACACGACCGGAGACAUUGAGUCGGCCUACACGCUGGCCCAAGAUCUGGCGGAGAACUAUCCCGAUAACAGCACUGUCCAGGUCCUGGCUGGUACCGUGCUGCAGGCUCAGGGACACAGUGAGGAGGCUUUGGCGCUGUUGACCAAGCACCAGGGCAACUUGGAGGCUGUCGCCUUGAUCGUGCAGAUUCACCUUCACCAGAACCGCUCGGAUUUGGCCCUGAAGGAGGUGCAGGCUGCCAAGCGCUGGGCUCAGGACUCGCUUCUUGUUAACCUGGCGGAGUCGUGGGUGGGCUUGAGAGUUGGCGGCGAGAAAUACCAAGCUGCGUUCUACGUCUACGAGGAGCUGGCAUCGGCGCCUAGCACCGCCGCCCCCCUCUCGAUCGUAGGCCAGGCCGUUGCGGAACUGCAUCUGGGCCGUCUGCCCGAGGCGGAGGCGGCGCUGUCCGCGGCGCUGGAGAAAUACCCCGACGAGGCGGAGCUGAUCGCCAACACGAUCGUGUUGAAUGUCCUGGCUGGAAAGCCCACGGAGGAAUUGGAGCAGCGUCUCCAGCAGACUCACCCCUCGCAUGCUCUGUUGAGUGAUAUCCAAGAAAAGAGUGACCUCUUCGAUACCGCGGCCUUGAAGUACGCUCCCAGAGUGUCUUCCUAGUUUGUGAAACCGGCACGCGGUGGGAGCACCUUUUAACACUUCUUCUUGUUCUCUUCUUGUGUCUGUCCACGUUUUUUUUCAAUUAUUACAACCCCCUAGCGCAAUGUUGGCCUUUCAUGAUGAACCGAUACGACGGCAUAGGUAUUGUAUUAAACAGUAAUAUUGAGCGAUGCCCUUAUACUUCCGACCUUUGCCAAUGUGGGACAUUCAAGCUGAUAGAGCAGAAUGUGAUUUGUAUCGGUCACGGCAUGGCGGAGUCUGCAUGGGAAUGACCCUCCGUUCUU